UUCAUUUUUGGGGGCGGGCAUCAUCUUCUUCGAUUGACCGAAAUACAAUUAAAAAUGCUGUAACUCGUCAAUCCUCAUUAGUAUUUAGUCAGAUAUUUAAAUACUAACACCUAAUGUUUGUAUCCAAAGGAUAGCAGGUACGUGACUGCAGGCGAAAUAUCUAGGUACAGUCAAGAUGAUCGGGGGGUUGUUCGUGUACAACCACAAGGGGGAGGUGCUGAUCUCGCGGGUGUACCGCGAUGACAUCGGGCGGAACGCCGUGGACGCGUUCCGGGUGAACGUGAUACACGCGCGGCAGCAGGUCCGCUCGCCCGUCACCAACAUUGCUAGGACCUCGUUCUUUCAUAUCAAGCGAGCCAACAUAUGGCUGGCAGCAGUGACAAAGCAGAAUGUGAACGCCGCCAUGGUGUUUGAGUUCCUCCUGAAGAUCAUUGAUGUGAUGCAGUCCUACUUCGGCAAGAUCUCCGAAGAGAACAUCAAGAACAACUUUGUUCUUAUCUAUGAACUGCUUGAUGAGAUCCUGGACUUCGGGUAUCCUCAGAACUCGGACACAGGAGUGCUGAAGACAUUCAUCACUCAGCAGGGCAUCAAAUCCGCCUCCAAGGAGGAACAAGCUCAAAUCACCUCCCAGGUGACAGGGCAAAUCGGAUGGAGGCGCGAGGGCAUCAAAUACCGACGCAAUGAGCUGUUCCUUGAUGUGCUGGAAUACGUUAACCUUCUCAUGUCGCCCCAAGGGCAAGUGCUAUCAGCCCACGUUGCUGGCAAGGUGGUGAUGAAGUCUUACCUAUCGGGCAUGCCAGAGUGCAAGUUCGGCAUUAACGACAAGAUCGUCAUGGAGGCCAAGGGCAAGGGGAAUGAAUUCUCAGGUGGCAUCUCCGGCAACACGGACAGCGACCCGGCGCGCUCCGGCAAACCGGUGGUCGUCAUCGACGACUGCCAGUUCCAUCAGUGCGUCAAGCUUAGCAAGUUCGAGACGGAGCAUAGCAUCUCUUUCAUACCGCCUGACGGGGAGUUUGAACUCAUGAGAUACCGCACAACAAAAGACAUCUCGUUGCCGUUCCGCGUGAUCCCACUCGUGCGUGAAGUGGGCCGCACUAAGAUGGAAGUCAAAGUGGUCCUUAAGAGCAACUUCAAACCUUCGCUGCUCGGACAGAAGAUCGAAGUUAAGAUACCCACUCCGCUCAAUACUAGCGGAGUUCAGCUCAUUUGCCUGAAGGGAAAGGCUAAGUAUAAGGCAUCAGAGAACGCGAUAGUAUGGAAGAUCAAGCGCAUGGCGGGCAUGAAAGAGACGCAGCUAUCGGCCGAGAUCGAGCUGUUGGAGACGGAUACUAAGAAGAAGUGGACGCGCCCGCCCAUCUCCAUGGGCUUUGAGGUGCCUUUCGCGCCCUCUGGCUUCAAGGUUCGCUACUUGAAGGUGUUCGAGCCCAAACUGAACUAUUCCGACCACGAUGUGAUCAAAUGGGUGCGAUACAUUGGUCGCUCCGGACUCUACGAGACCAGAUGCUAGACUACUGAUUAAUUUCUUGAAUCGGGACUCGAGGCGCGUUACAUACUGUUUGUUUUUAAUAGUAACCCGGCCAAAUAACAUCAACUAUUUGUCCAUCUAGUUAAACUUGAAGUCUCUUAAAGAUUGUAAUCUGUUCAGGGCACUGACUCAUGCAACGUUGUAAAAUAAGAAUUAAGUAUCUGAAAAAGCUAACCAGUCUUAUUUUAUAAUUAAUCUGACCAUGAAAUAAUGCCCUUAUCAGAACAUACAAUUUGUAACUAUCGUACUCAUUAUGAGUGAAAAAGACAGCUAAAAUGUUUGCUCGACUCUUAAACACUGACUUCAGAUAAUUCAUCUAUGUAAAGAAUGUUUCCUAACAUCAAAGUUAUGAGAUUCUUAUUUUAUUUUUUUAUUUCAAUAUUUUUAAGUAGAUCAUUAUUAUUUUUUAUGCCUAUGUGCGAUACUGGGUAAAUAUAAUUAUACGUAUAAUAAUGAUAUGUUUUGUAUAUGAUUUUUAGAGGACUGCGGAUGAAAUUUUAAUAUUUUUAAUACAUUUGUUUGUCAAUGUGCUUCUUAUGUAAAUGGCUCAAGAUCUUAUUUUUGUCUUUAGGUAGCGCUGGGUCGCUUAUGUACUACCAAAGUAUACAUACAUAUAUAUAUACGGUGUAUGCAGUUUGAGUCAGUCCUCUAAUGAUUAUAUAUUAUGUUUAUUGUACACUAACAUGUAUUUGUAAGCCACAUCGAAUCUCAAAAUGAAAUGUUUUUAUAAAAUCUUAUAUUUAUUAUGAUUUUGAUUGUGGUGACACUAGUAGGAAUUAAAAUAAUACAAACAUCUGUAUAUUUAUGCGAUUUAGGAUUUUAUUGCAUCGUGAGGUGCUUAUUUGUAUUCGACCAAAAAAUAUAAGUAUUAUUGCAGUGAUUUGUCCAUGGUAUGUAAUUAAUUUAUAUGUAGUAUAUCGUUAUUGAAUACUUAAUUAUGUACUCAUUACAAUAUUGUAGCAUAUUCAUAUAAACAAAAGCUACCCCAUACAUUAUAAAGGUUCCGAUAGAUAUGAGCAUUCACAUCAUAAAUGUUCUGUACAUGUUCCGUUCGAGUGAAUGUUUAAAUCUGUCAGCACCUUUAUGCAAUACCAAUACCUACCUUAAUUUUUUAUAUAAUUUUUAAUUGAAUUUCUUUAAUCGCUUGUUAAAAACGAACAAGUGAAAUAUUCAAAUGAAUAAUGCAUCUAACCAUAUAUAUUUUUAGAUUAUUACAGCCCUAUUAGCUCAAUACGUAUCUGUAUAUUUGUUUAUGCUUUUGUUUUUCUGCUCUAGAUAUAGAUAUAAUGGCGUCGGUGUCGAAUUGGCCUUUUUUUUAUGUUCCGACGGGUUUUAUAUGACUAUGACACCGCUAUUUAAACAAUCAUAUUGAAAUGGGCAAUGUAAGAUUGGUAACUUUUGUAAGUAAAAUAUUUUUUACAAAUCUGGAGCUCUUUAUCUGGUUCGCUUUGCACGCUAAGCGACGCCAACAGAGUUCAGCCAAUCUGAUCCCGACUACAUUUUAUAGUUCUAACAAUAUAGUUUUGUAGACUACCAACGUUAACAUACCAUUCCUAUGAAAGUUCAUAACAAGUUUAUUGAAUUAUAUAAAUUAUUGUAUACUUUUAAAAAGUAUCACUAAAUAUAAUUAGUGUUAAUUAGAUUUAUCGUAGGGUAUUUGCUUGGUUAUCGUCUUGAAACACGCAUUUAAACAACCAGUGAUAUACAGUAAAAAACGAACUAUAAUGAGCCUAUUGCUCGGGAAUAAAUCUACCGCAAUGUAUUUUACCGCAACUGAUGAAAUCUUAUUACGGCAUUAUUGAUAGGUUUUU